UGGAGGCGCGGCGCGGUACUCCAGCAGCUGAGGCAGCCCCAGCAGUGGAGCGGAGAGACGCGAGGCGUGCACCGGACAGAGGGACGCUCGCAGCCGGCCCCUCCUCGCUUCCUCCCCAAGGACGCUCCGACACCGCCGUGUCACCCCGCACCACCGGCUUACACGCACCGAUCCGACAUGAUGUACCAGGGCUUCACCGGAGAGUACGAGGCGCCCUCUUCCCGCUGCAGCAGCGCUUCCCCGGCUGGGGACAGCCUCACCUACUACCCCUCCCCGGCGGACUCUUUCUCUAGCAUGGGCUCCCCCGUCAACCCGCAGGUGAGGUGCUGGGCACGCCGGCUGUGCCUUCGCCGUGGGGCGGCAGCGCCGGGGAGGGGACGGGAUCGGACCGCGGGACAGGAGCGGGCGGCGCGGGGCCCGCCGGUGCCCUCAGAGGAGGGCAGGCCGCGGCGGGCUUCCUCCAGGCUGGGGACUGGCCGUAGGGAGCGGCUCCGGUGCCGUGGCGGGGCAGGCGGGGGGAGCCGUGGCCCGGGCCGCGCUCUGCGGCGGGACUUCUGCACCGAUCUGGCAGUCUCCAGCGCCAGCUUCGUGCCCACGGUGACGGCCAUCUCCACCAGCCCCGACCUGCAGUGGCUGGUGCAACCCACCCUCAUCUCCUCGGUGGCCCCUUCCCAGAGCCGCGGGCACCCCUACGGCGUGUCAGCACCCACCCCCACUGCCUACUCCCGCCCCGCCGUGCUGAAGGCGCCGGGCGGCCGCGGGCAAAGCAUCGGCCGCAGGGGUAAAGUCGAGCAGCUGUCCCCUGAGGAAGAGGAGAAGAGAAGGAUCCGCCGGGAAAGGAACAAGAUGGCAGCGGCCAAGUGCCGCAACCGGCGGCGGGAGCUCACUGACACGUUGCAGGCGGAGACCGACCAGCUGGAGGAGGAGAAGUCUGCGCUGCAGGCAGAGAUAGCUAACCUGCUGAAGGAGAAGGAGAAGCUGGAGUUCAUCCUGGCAGCACACCGGCCCGCCUGCAAGAUGCCUGAGGAGCUGUGCUUCUCCGAGGAGCUGGCAGCUGCCACCGCGCUUGACCUGGGCACUCCCAGCCCUGCUGUGACUGAGGAGGCUGCCUUUGCCCUGCCGCUGAUGGCUGAGGCGCCGCCGGCAGUGCCGCCCAAGGAGACUGGCAGCAGUGGGCUGGAGCUCAAGGCUGAGCCCUUUGACGAGCUGCUUUUCUCCACGGGGCCGCGGGAGGCCUCCCGCUCCGUGCCUGACAUGGACCUGCCUGGGGCCUCGUCCUUCUAUCCUUCGGACUGGGAGUCGCUGGCUGCUGGGACCAGCGCUGAGCUGGAGCCGCUCUGCACCCCCGUGGUGACGUGCACCCCGUGCCCCAGCACCUACACCUCCACCUUCGUCUUCACCUACCCCGAGGCGGACGCCUUCCCCAGCUGCGCUGCUGCGCACCGGAAGGGCAGCAGCAGCAACGAGCCCUCGUCCGACUCUCUCAGCUCCCCCACCCUCCUGGCCUUGUGAGGGGCUCCAGCACUGACUGACCUGCCGGGCCCCCUCCCUUGCCCUUGCCACCCCCACGGACUCACCGCUGCGCCCCAUGGGGCUCCCCGGGCCUGGGGAGGGCGCCAUCGCCACCACCCCCUGGCCUGGUGCCCCGGGGCCUGGCAGAGCGCCCUGCACCGAGGCCUCGUACCUCUUCCAGAGAUGUAGCAAAUCGCAUGGAGUUUGUCUUGUCCCCAAUGGCCCAUCCAUGAGAGCUGGUAGUCUGUAGCAUGUGCCACAUGGCUGGGUAGGUGACUCCCUCCCCUCCUUAGUAUCACUAGCAUUAACUAAUUAAUCUCUUGGUUUUAAAUAAUUGGAAUUUAACCUGGUGCUGGGUAUCUCCAACUCGUAUCUAGUGCAGCUGAUUAACAAUAACUACUGUGUUCCUGGCAAUAUCGUGUUCUGAUGACUUAGCAAUGACCCAUCUUACGUGGGGGGAAAGAGACUAUAUUUUAUUUUAUAGUAGGUAGGUAAAUAGCUAUAUCCAUGUACUGUAGUUCUACAUUGAUGUUCAUUGUAACUUUACUGAUCAUGCAUUGUUGAGGUGGUCUGAAUGUUCUGACAUAAGUUUUCCAUGAAAACGUUUUUAUUGUGUUUUUAAUUUAUUUAUGAAGAUGGAUUCUCAGAUAUUUAUAUUUUUAUUUUAUUUUUUUCUACCUUGAGGUCUUUUUUGACAUGUGGAAAGUGAAUUUGGAUGAAACUUAAGCAUUGUUUGCUUAUUAUUGUUCAGAGACAUUGUCAAUAAAAGCAUUUAAGUUGA